AUGGCGGCGGCACUUGGCCCGGCGGCGACGCUCCUCGGCAAGGUGUUCACGAUGCUUUCCGCAGCCCCGGUGGCGGCGUACGUGGACAGCCUCGAGCUCGGCCACAACUCCGAGCAGAUCAAGGCCAAGCUCGCGCACACGCGAGGCCUGCUGCACAACGCCCAGGUGAGCGACGCCGGCCACAACCCUGGACUGCAGGACCUGCUGCCGGCGCUGAGCAGGAACGCCGACCAGGCGGAGGACCUGCUGGAUGAGCUCCACUACUUCCAGAUCCAUGACAAGCUCCACGGCACCAGCAUCGCAACCACCCAGCCCAAUUCUCUCCGACAUGGUCGCAAUGCUCUCCGCCACACUACCACUAGCUGGGCCGCGUGCUUUUCUUGCUCGUCUGCACAAGAUGAUGACAGUGAUUCUGCUAGUGCCGAUGAUGCUCAUACCUUACAUUUCCAGCCAGUGACCAUGUCCAGGAAGAUCAAGUCAGUGUUACAGGACAUGCAGACCCAGUGUGAUUCCAUCUCCGAUUUGCUCAGCAGUAUCCCAAGCAGCAGCAUGGCAGUCGCCCUACUACACCGGCCUCAGAUUGGAUCCACAAUUAUGCAAGACACACUGUAUGGUAGGAGAGACACGUUUGAGGAGACGGUCAAUCGUAUCAUCGGCUGCAAACCGACUGUUUCUGUUCUUCCUAUAGUUGGUCCAGGUGGUAUUGGAAAGACAACUUUCACCCAACACCUCUAUAAUGAUGCAAGGCUGUAUAAUGAUACUAGGGCUGAAAAUCACUUUGAAGUCAGGGUCUGGGUAUGUGUAUCGACCGAUUUCGAUGUGCUCAAGCUCACCAGGGAGAUCCUUGGCUGCAUAAUUGCAACUCAAGAAGAAGGAAGCAGCGGUGCUGCAAAUGAAACACUCAAUUUAGACCAGCUUCAGUUAUCCAUAGCGCGUCGUCUCAAGUCCAGGAGAUUUCUAAUUGUCUUGGAUGAUAUAUGGAAAUGUGAUGGAGAGAAUCAGUGGAAAACCUUAUUAGCUCCCUUCACAAAGGGGGAAACCAAAGGAAGCAUGGUACUUGUCACAACUCGAUUCCCCAAGGUAGCAUGCAUGGUGAAAACAGUUGAUCCACUUGAACUGCGAGGUUUGGAGGCUAAUGACUUCUUCACAUUCUUUGAAGCAUGUAUAUUUGGUGAUUUCAAACCUCAGGAUUACGACGACGAGUUAGUUGAUAUUGCAGCAAAAAUUGCAAAUAAGCUAAAGGGCUCCCCGCUAGCAGCGAAAACAGUUGGUAGACUGUUGCGGAGAGACUUUUCUCGGAAACAUUGGGAUGGAGUUCUUAAAAAGCAUGAGUGGCUAAGUAUGGAAAACAAUGAUGAUAUCAUGCCAUGUUUAAAAAUUAGCUACGAUUACCUCCCAUUUGAUCUGAGAAAAUGCUUCUCAUAUUUUGGCCUUUUCCCUGAAGAUCAUAGGUUUGGCAAUUCAGAAAUGAACCACCUUUUUGCUGCAGUUGGCAUCGCAGACUCUACUCACCAAGUUGACAGGAAUUACUUGGAAGAACUAGUGGACAAUGGUUUUCUUAUGAAGGAAGUUGAUUAUCCUGGUCAAAACAAAUAUGUACUGCAUGAUUUAAUGCAUCAGCUAUGUAGGAGUGUUUCUGCACAAGAAUGCCUCAACAUAUGUGACUUUGAUUUCAGAGCUGAUGCCAUCCCACAAUCUGUUCGACACUUAUCUAUCACCAUAGAAGAUGGAUAUGAUGAAAAUUUUGAGGAAGAAAUGUGUAAACUAAGGGGUAGGAUAGACAUUUCUAAUCUGCGGACUUUGAUGAUUUUGAGAAGUUAUAAAAAAAAAUUCAUGAAGCUCUUGAAUGAUAGCUUCAAGGAAAUAAAUAGUCUGCGUGUCCUAUUUAUAGUAGUGAACUCUCCAGAAUCUUUUCCACAUAGGUUUUCAAAACUUAUCCAUCUCCAAUAUCUCAAAAUUAGUUCUCCUUACUCUGAUAGUGAAUUGUGUUUACCUAGUACACUAUCAAGAUUUUAUCACUUGAAAUUCUUAGACCUAGAUAAUUGGCAUGGUUGUUCUAAUUUGCCAGAAGACUUUAGCCAUCUUGAGAAUUUACAUGAUUUCCAUGCUAAAAGUGAGCUUUACUCCAAUAUUCGCAAUGUUGGAAAGAUCAAGCAUCUGCGGAGGUUAAGGGAAUUCUGUGUUAAAAAGGAGAGCAUGGGAUUUGAACUGAGAGAACUUGGGGGAUUGGCAAAUCUCGAAGAAGAGCUGAUUAUAAGUGGUCUUGAACACGUGGAAACCAAGGAGGAAGCUACUGCAGCCAAAUUGGUGUUGAAAAUGAAUCUGAAGGAGUUGACAUUACUCUGGGACAGAGAUCGACGAACUAUAGAUACUGAUAUUCUUGAUUCUCUUCAACCACACUCUAAUCUUAGAGUACUUACAAUUGCAAAUCCUGGUGGUACCAUUUGUCCUAGUUGGUUGUCUCUUGCCAUCUGGUUAGAGACUCUGUGGCUAGAAGGAGUAUCUUGGAGUACCCUUCCACCUUUUGGGAAGAUACCAAAUCUCAAGGUACUCACUUUGAAGAGAAUUUCUGGAAUGCUUCAGUUUGGGCCUCACUGUGGUGGCGCACCAGGUAAAUGUUUUAUGCGCUUGAAGAAAGUUGAGUUUCUUGAGUUGCCAGCACUUGCCAAAUGGGUUGUGGAACCGAAUUGCCAUUCCUUUCCAAGUCUUGAAAUAAUCAGAUGUGUCAAGUGUCCCAAUCUCCAUAUGAUGCCAUUCUCGGAGGUAUCUUGCACCAAUUUGUGCACGCUUAAAGUUUCGGGGUGCCCUAAGAUGUCUCUGCGCUCCAUGCCUCACACCUCCACACUGACAGAUUUGGUUAUUAAUGAAAAGGAAUUGACUUAUGAUGGAAAGAAAUUGGGUGCUAGUGGGUAUGGCGGUGCUUUGGCCUUCAACAAUCUGGAUAAAGUAGAAUAUAUGACUAUUGAAGCUGUCGGAAGAUGCGAUGGUUUGUUCCCUGAAGAGCUGGAUCCAAGUAUUGUCUUCCGUUCAGUUAACAGUCUCAGUUUAGAUGUAUCUCAUCUUACAAGCAAAUCAGCAUCAAAAGUGUUAAAUUGUUUCACAGCUCUUUCUGUGUUGUUGAUAUAUGCACAUUUCGCUGACGAUGACUAUGAGGAAUGUGUAAUGCAGUUCCCCUUAUCCAGCUCACUGCAGGACCUUAGCUUUACAGACUGCAAGGGCCUGGUUCUUGUGCCUGUGGAGAAUGGAGGAGGAAUUCAGGAGGACAGAUCAUCGCUCCAAUCAUUAAAAAUAUACAGUUGCGGUGAAUUCUUCUCUCGGUGGCCCAUGGGAGACGUAGAUGGAGCCCAGACAACCUAUCCUUUCCCUGCUUCCCUGAGGGAACUUCAUGUUUGGGAUGAGCCAAGCAUGAAGUCAAUGGCUCUGCUCUCAAACCUCACGUCUCUCACCAGUCUAAGUCUAACAGAUUGCAGUAACUUAACAGUAGACGGAUUCAAUCCUCUCACAGCAGUAAACCUCAAAAAGCUGGAAGUGCAUAACAGCAACACCGUAGCAGCAGAUCUCCUCUCAGAGGUGGCAAGGACCAAAUUACUGACUGCGGGUUACAUCUCUAGAUUGGAGGAACUCACGGUGGAUGACAUCUCUGGAUUGCUUGUUGGUCCUAUUUGCAACCUCCUUGCCCCGUCCCUCCACACACUCGAAUUCUGGUUUGAUGAGAGGGUGGAAAGCUUCUCGGAAGAGCAAGAGGAAGCCCUGCAGCUACUCACCUCCCUCCAGAAUGUGGACUUUUGCGUGUGUCUGGGUCUGCAGUCCCUCCCUCAAGGGUUACAUCGCCUUUCUUCUCUCAAGCAGUUGUCUGUCCGUUCGUGUCCAAAAAUCCAAUCGAUACCCAUGGAGGGCUUCCCUGUUUCGCUGCGAAAGUUACUGAUAGAUUCUCACCUCCUUGAGAUAAACGAGCAAAUUGAGAGAAUGAAAAGAACAAACCCAGAUUUAUCUGUAGAGUUUGUGUAA